AUGACCACAAUUGAUAACCCACAGGAGAUCAUUGAUCAUUCCUGGCAAAACAGUCUUUGUACUGUGAACCAACAAUUUGAAACAGUAAUAGGAUGUGAUCACAGCAAUAAUGGAAAAGGGCAACAGGAUCGUCAGCAGGGACAGGGAGGUGAUUGUCCCUCUCUACUCGGCUCUUGUGAGGCCCCACCUGGAGUACUGUGUCGGUGUGGAGCCCUCAGUACAAGAAAGAUAGAGAUUUUGGAAAGGGUCCAGAGGAGGGCGACUAAGAUGAUCAGGGGGGUGGAGCACCUCCCCUAUGAGGACAGGCUGAGGGAGUUGGGCUUGUUCAGCCUGGAGAAGAGAAGGCUGCGGGGUGACCUCAUUGCAGCCUAUCAAUACCUGAAGGGAACCUACACCCAGGAGGGGAGUAAACUCUUCAAAAGGGCUGACAACAGCAGGACUAGGGGAAACGGUUUUAAGUUGAAGGAGGGAAGAUUUAGGUUGGAUGUUAGGGGGAAGUUCUUUACUAGGAGAGUGGUUAGGCCCUGGAACGGGCUGCCCAGGGAGGUUGUGGAUGCCCCGUCCUUGGACGUGUUUAAGGCCAGGUUGGACGGGGUCCUGGGCAACCUGAUCUGA